AUGGCCGCCAACGCCUCCGCCUCCUCCUCCGUCCCCUCCGCCGCCUCCGCCGCCGUCCUCAAGCCCUCUGACCCCGUCCCCGACGACGCCGUCUCCGUCGAGGGCCCAAACUUCGACAGGCAGCUCUCUCUGCAAGAAUUUCUAGCUUCCUACGAGCGCAUCGGCUUCCAGGCGAACCACCUUGGCAAGGCCAUCCAUGUCGUGAACAACAUGCGCAAAUGGCGCCUCUCCGACGACCCCGUCGCCGAGGACGAGCCGGAAGAAUUCCUCGACCCGCGCGUCCGCGCCGACACCCGCUGCGCCAUCUUCCUCGGCUACACCUCCAACCUCGUCUCCUCCGGCCUGCGCGAGAUCAUCCUGCACCUCGUCAAGCACAAACACGUCGCCUGCCUCGUCACCACCGCCGGCGGCAUCGAGGAGGACUUCAUCAAGUGCCUCGGCCCGACCUACCUCGCCGACUUCCACCUCGACGGCGCGGACCUCCGCAAGCGCGGCAUGAACCGCAUCGGGAACCUCGUCGUGCCCAACGACAACUACUGCAAGUUCGAGGACUGGCUCAUGCCCAUCCUCGACGCCAUGCUCGCCGAGCAGACCGCGUCGGGCCAGGUCUGGUCGCCCAGCGCGUUCAUCCGCCGCCUGGGCAAGGAGAUCGACGACGAGCGCUCGAUCUACUACUGGGCGUACAAAAACGACAUCCCCGUGUACUGUCCCGCGCUCACGGACGGCUCCAUCGGCGACAUGCUCUACUUCCACGCGUUCAAGCGCCCCGGGCUCGUGCUCGACAUCGUGCACGACAUCCGCGCGCUCAACGAGCAGGCCCGCCGCGCGCGCAAGGCGGGCAUGAUCAUCCUCGGCGGCGGCGUCUGCAAGCACCAGAUCGCCAACGCCAUGCUCAUCCGCAACGGCGCAGACUACGCCGUCUACAUCAACACAGGCCAGGAAUUCGACGGCUCCGACUCGGGCGCGCGCCCCGACGAGGCCGUCUCCUGGGGAAAAAUCAGAGCCGGCUCCGAGUCCGUCAAGGUAUAUGCGGACGCGACGCUCGUGUUCCCGCUGCUCGUCGCGGCGACGUUCGCGCGGGACAUGCCUGCUGCUGCUGCUGAUAGUUGA